ACAGGGCUACCGGAACAUUUUUUUUCCCCCCCCACUAGCUACAGUCAGUGCACAAUCACCGCCUGGACUGCGCAAAUCUGCACGCACAGCCCCACACAACGUCGUGUCAUGGCAUCUCCACUGAGGAGUCUCGUUUACGAUGAUAAUCGGUACCACAAGGCCUUCCAACUUUUUCUGGAGCGCUCCUCUGAACAUCAGUGUAUGAAGGACUUUAUACACAAUAUCCUGCCGGACAUUUUGGCCAGCAUCGGAAACGGCAAGCCCCAUCUGAAUGUUAUUGGAGUUGGAAGUGGUGAUGGUCGCAUUGAUCUCGAGAUGUUCUCCGAGCUCCAUCAGAAGCACCCUGGGGCGAUGGUGGACUACGAGGUUGUAGAACCGAGCAGCCAGCAGCUUCAUUGCUACAAAGUGUUGCUGUCGCAGAAGUCUGAUUUGGAUUACAUCAUAUUUAAGUGGAACAAGAUGACUGCCAUCGAGUUUGAGAAGCAAUGGAAGUUGAAGGAAAUAACAAAGAAGAUUGACUUCAUUCACAUGAUUCAGAUGCUCUAUUAUGUCAACGAUGUCGAAGCGACCAUCACAUUCUUCCGGAGUCUCCUUGCCCCGAAUGGGAAGCUUCUCAUUAUUCUGGUGUCUGGUGAGAGUGGUUGGGGAAAGUUGUGGCAGACCUUCAGGGGUCAGAUCUGUGCCUGCGAAAUAGCUCAGUGUACGACCACAGCUGACGUCAAAAGCAUCCUGGACGCCGGGGGAGUGCAAUACAAGAGCUACGUGCUGCCUUCUCAAAUGGAUAUCACCGAGUGUUUCACAGAGGGUGACGAGAGCGGAGAGCUGCUGCUUGACUUCCUCACCGAGGUGGAUCACUUCAGCCAAACGGCCUCGCCGCAACUCAAAGCGGAUGUCCUGAAGUUACUGCGAGACCCAGCUUGUUCUCGGGAAGCAGACGGAAAAGUUGUCUUCAAUAACAAUCUAGAGGUUGUUGUCGUUGAUUCACCCAGAUAAAAGUUAAUUGGAACUCAAUACACACGUGGAAAGCAAAAAUACAUUUUAAAUUCCAGGUAGGUGAAGUGAUUUGAGCUCUGAGCCACUUAAGUUCCUUUUCAUCAUGUUUAAUAUUAAUUGUGCAUAAUUUUGUGCGAAAGGUAUAGAAAUUGUAAUCCUCUCUAAACUGUUUAUCAGGUCAUUUAGAGUGGAGCACAAUCCAUUUUGUCAAUCUGUGAUUUGCUCCACCUAUAAUGAAAUGUUCUCUUUUGGAAAUAAUGAAAAUAGAAUGUAUCCAAUCCAGGGUCAAAGUGCUAUCAUAUAACAUUUAUCGACUGCAUAUGUAAUAACUAAUUUGAGUCACAUUUACAUCUUAUCUGUCAUACACAUACAAAAAUAGUAAAAAAAAAAAAAAGUCAUCAUCGUGACUUUUGAGUGAUGGACGCAGUGUUCCAGUUUUGGUUCUAGGAUUAUCAACACAUUUACCCCUCCAACCCCCUUUUUUUUUUUUUUUUUGCCAUUGCUAGUAUCGCUCCCUCUUGUGCCGCAUGCAUGAAAAGGCUAAAGAAGCAGCAAAGCCUUGGGCGCUAUGCAGAUGCCUCAAAAAUGUUGAUCAAAUUGCAAGUUGUAUGACAACUGUAGCAUUCAUUGUGUUAAGCACGUCUGCCUUACAGUGCUGCGUUUCAGGGUUGGAAUCAGCCUGUUCUCGUCAUGUUGUGUCACUAGAUAAAAUGUCGACUUUUUGACUUUGAUCGGUUGGACUGUUAAUUAAAGCUUGUCAAUGUUGACUAAUUGUAUUUCAAUCUAGGCAAAUAAAUGCAAUGACUAACUGGAUUAACAGCAAGCAUGUUUACAAAGUUGCGAAAUGUUUAUUUAAUUAAAGGUAUUGAAUAAUGAC